AAGAAAGAGAGAGCGCAGAGAGCAAAGACUAUCCAUCCGUCCACCACGACAUCCUAGACCCUCGUCUCUCCACCGCCCCGGCCCCUUUGCUUUCCUUCUUCGACACCACCGCCACUUCCUCCUUCACUCUUGCGACAUCAGGAAGGUAUCACGCUCGGAUUUGCUCGUCCUCGUCGCUGUCGCGGUCGUCGCCAUCGUUGUCGGCACUCUCCGGGUAGCGAAUCCUCUCCAGCUCGAUCCGACACCGACCGACUGUAUACCUUUACGGCCGGCCCCAGCUCGGGCCCUUUAGCUCAGUCGGGCUCGUCAUCCCAAACCACCACUGCGGCGUGCUGUACACGCACCGUCCUCACCUGCCCCGUCGCACUUCAGAAAUCUGUCGGCCACCAUGGCCCACGCAAACGCUAUCGCCGCUCGCGACCAGCUCCGCAAGAUCCAGGCCCAUGCCAGCAACGCUGCCUCGGCACUGUCCGAGCGUUAUGCUCCGAACGUGCACGCCAACCAUGCUGCGCUCAAGUCGUCGCGCCAGCAGCCGCAGCAGCACCAACAGCAGAUGACCGCAGAAGAAGAUGGAAAGCACCAGCAGCAGCAGAGGGAUCGCGAGGCGGAGCGGCUGCAGCGGAAAGAGAGGGAGGACCGAGAACGAAAGCGCCGAGGCGACAAGCCGGACAGCAAGAAACCCGUCCUUCCCACCGCUCCGGACAUGAUCGUCGACUCCCACGGUGUCUCGUACGUGACCGGGCACGUACUAGGGCAGGGCGGCUUCGCGCGCGUCUACAUGGCGACCUGCCCGCAGGGCAACGAGUACGCCUUCAAGGUCAUCCACAAGGCCACCGUCUCGUCCUCCAAACGCAACAAGUCCAAGCUGCUCGCUGAACUCAAGAUUCACAAGAGCAUGAAGCACAAACACAUUGUCCGCUUCUUGGAUCAGUUUGAGGAUGAAGAGAAUGUCUACUUUCGCCUGGAGCUAUGUGCAAACGGGAGCAUGAACGAUGUCGUCAAGCGUCGUGGUCGCUACUCGGAGCCCGAGUCGCGCUACCUGAUGACACAGAUCCUGACCGGAUGUCAGCACAUGCACCUUAACUCGGUCAUCCACCGCGACCUGAAGCUCGGCAACAUCUUCCUCGAUGCGUCGAUGAACGUCAAGAUUGGCGACUUUGGGCUCGCCGCGCUGCUCAACUUCCCCGAGGAGCGUAAGAAGACUGUGUGCGGCACGCCAAACUACAUCGCCCCUGAGAUUCUUUACGACCAGGGCGACGGGCAUAGCUUCGAAGUGGACAUCUGGUCCGUCGGCGUCAUUCUGUACACACUCCUGAUCGGCAAGCCGCCGUUCCAGACAGACAAUGUGCAGAAGAUCUAUGAGAAGAUCAAGCGAAACGAGUACGAGAUCCCCGCCGACUCGACCAUCUCCUCGCACGCGCGCGAGCUCAUCGCCCAGAUCCUUACGCCCAACCCGGCGGAAAGGCCGACGCUCAUUCAAAUCAUGGACCACCCCUGGUUCUACGCGGGGGCCGUCCCGAGCAGUCUGCCCGCAUCCGCAUGCAGAAAGAUGCCCGUCUUGCCGUACGUUUCGCCGGAGCAGUCGCUCAAAAACUUUGCGCAGAUCAAACUGGAGGGAGAGUGGAACCCGCACGCGGAUGAUCUCAUCGAAGAGGACGACGAAGACGACGAGGAGUACGAUGACGACGAGGAAGAGGGCAACUAUGCAGACGGCGGUAACGGCAGUAACGCGCAGCGCGGAUCGCACCAGCAACGAGCGAGCGUCAGUGCCACGCGUGCGGCGGACAUGCGAAGCCGUCUGCGAGAGAUGGAAGCGCUCGAGGACCAGCGCGCGGCCGUCAACAGGGAAGCCGAGCGUGCCAUUCAACCAGGCAGCCCGAUCAGCACGCUGCUCAAGGUUGGCCAGCAACCGCUCAUCCGCGCCCCACAGCAGCAGCAACAGCAGAGUCACUACCAACGUGAUCAGCGCGCCAGCAGCGCCCGACGCGCCGCUAGCGGCCUCGCGAAGCAGCUGGGAGCGCUCAGCGUCUCACGUGCCGCCUCGGUUAGUGCGCACCAGCUGCCACAGUACCCACAGCAGCAGAAUCAGCAGCAAAUGGUGCAGGGUGGCGCUAGCAAGCCUUCGCGCGCGUUCGACCUUGCCGCCGAAAGGGAGAGCACAGGCCCACUGCCAGCCACCAACAGCAGCAACGGCAAUGGGAUGCUCCCACCGCAGCGCAGCGCGCCGUCGUACCAAUCUGGAGGCGAAAAAGUGACAGAGGACCGACGUGAGCUCAACCACAAAACCCGUCUCGUCGCUGGCAUGACCGCGGCGCAGGGCAGCGCCGUCAGCCUCGCCAGCGUCGAAUCUGGCUCAACGCGCCGGGGCGCCUUCCACGCUGGCGGUGGCAAUCAUCGCGUUUCGCAGCAGCAUGCAUAUGCGCAGGCGCAGACACAGCCCAAGCCGGCGGCUUUCACCGAGCUCAUUGUGCAUCGUCUCAGCGCAGCGCUCGAUGCGUUCGAACAGAACAGCAUGCUCUCGCUGCACGACGCCGAGGGCGACAAUGUCCCGAUGCUUCCCGUCGAAACGCAGGUCAACGAGGACGGCACGAUGCGCCGCUGCCCGCCGCUUCCGAAAGCGUUCGUCGUCUCGUGGCUCGACGCGAGCGACAAGUAUGGCCUCGGCUAUGCGCUGAGUAACGGCUCUAUCGGCGUCCAUUUCCGCGAUAGCGACAGCAUCGUCCUGGCGCCUUCGACGCAGUCGUUCGAGUACGUCGCACAGAACAAGCGCAUCAGCACCGCAAGCACCGAGCCGUCACCACCGAUCGUCAUGCAUCGCAAGAGUUUUGCCAUGCCGGCCAGCGAUGGUGACAUGGAGGCUGAUGCCCACGACACUGCGGCCGCUGCUCAAGGACAGCAACAGAGCCUGCGGCACAAAGCAGCGCUGCAGGGCAUGCCGCCGACAGUGGUGAACAGGAUGGAGAUCCUCAUGUCCUUCACCGCAGAGAUCACCGAGCGCCUCUGCGGCGGUGGGCAUCCACUCAUGCAGCGCGAAGACUCGCUCGUCAAGGACCUGCCCUUCGUGUACAAGUGGUUCCGCAGCCACGAAGCGAUCAUCUUCCAGCUUUCUAACGACAUGCUGCAGUACAACUUCUACGACCACAUGAAAAUUUUCCUCAUCGACCAAGGCCUGACCAUCGCUGCGAUCGUACCGUCCGAGCACAUCCCGGGCAAGCAGAGACUCUACACCUGGACCCUCGCCGAAUUUGUCUCGAUCGCGCUGCAAGACCGCUCGGCGCGCGAAGCAGCCGCUUUCGAGGAAGCUGAGCGCCUCGGGCUCGACAUGCCCACGAUCGACAUGACCACUCCACGCGAGCGGAGAUUCGUACGGCGUCUCAUGCAGAAACUCAAAUUUUGCCGCGACGUGCUGCUCGCCACUGCCAGCUCACGUACGGGCGUCAAGUCGAACGCGACGACCACAAUGGAGAGCGCACGCGAGGCCCUUAAACGAACGAGUAGCGCGAUGAGUCUGGCAAGCACCAACAGCGGUCGCAGCAUUGCUGCAGGUCGGUAACGUCUCGCACAGGCGCAAGACGUCAGUGAUUCUCCGGUGCAAAAACCCCUUUGGCCUCUUUCUCGCCGUGUUCAAAAGUUCACAUUAAUCAUCAACUCAUGGAACGACACUUCAUAUUACAAUGACAUCAUCUCUCACUGCAUCUGCCAUGUACUAUGCCUCUAGAAUCCGACGCUG